UGUUCUGUUCGAGGUCGUUUACCAAGUGAUCUUAUUAAUCGAAAGAUAUCGUCCAGUUCCCCUAUACUUAAAGAUUUUGUGUUUUUUGAAAAUGUUACGAACUGAUAUUAAAAAAAAGAAAUUAUUUAUUACUAACAACUUCGACAGAGACUGGGUGGUAGAAUCUUCAUCAGCUGCGAAAAAUUGCAAGAAUUAUAUAAGGGAAAUUGUUGAUACACUUGAUCUCCAGCCCAACCCUACGAAGGAUGUUAUUGCACUUUCGAUAGGAGAUCCAACAGUGUAUGGUAAUCUAAAACCAUCUGAAGAAACAGUGCAAGCCGUGAUAGAUGUUGUUCAGAGCGGUAAAUACAACGGCUAUGCCCCUUGCACGGGUUAUGAACAAGCUAGGGACGCUGUUGCAACAUAUCUUAGCCAUGACGGAGCAAGAUUUUCAUUUCAGGACAUAAUUCUAUGCAGUGGCUGUUCUUCUUCGCUGGAAAUUUGCAUAACAGCACUGUGUGAUGAAAAACGAAACCACAAUUUACUGAUUCCCAAACCAGGAUUUUCUAUAUAUCGUACUUUAGCGGAGACUAUUGGAAUAAAAGUGAAGUAUUACAACUUAAUAGCUGAAAAUAAUUGGGAAGUUGACUUGGAAAAUUUAGAGAAACAAAUCGAUUGUUUUACUGCUGCGAUCAUUUUAAACAAUCCAUCAAAUCCCUGCGGUUCGGUGUAUAGUGAAAAACAUUUAAAAGAGAUUCUUGGGAUAGCACGUCUGCACCAAAUUCCCGUUAUAGCUGAUGAAAUAUACGAGCAAAUAGUUUUUAGUAAAAACAAAUUUGUUUCAACAGCUGCUUUGAAUUUAGACUUACCUAUUUUAAUUUGUGGAGGAUUAGCUAAAAGAUUUUUAGUUCCUGGCUGGCGACUAGGGUGGAUUGCAAUUCAUGACAAUUCUGACGCAUUUAGUAAAAAUAUUCGUAAAGCUUUAGUUAGUUUAAGUCAACGAAUUAUUGGAAGUAAUACUCUGAUUCAAGGAGCUUUACCUAAAAUUUUAUUUGAUACCCCACAGAUUUUUCAUGACAAUUUAAUUAAUACUUUAGAAACCAAUGCUACGAUGAUAUUUAAGCUAUUGAAAGAAGCAAAAGGAUUAUUACCCUAUAUGCCACAAGGAACAAUGUAUAUGAUGGUAAAAGUUUAUUUAAAAAGAUUUCCUUUUGAAGACAUUUCACAUUUAGUUAUCAAGCUUAUGGAGGAAGAAUCUGUGUUUUGCUUACCAGGAAGUUGUUUCCAAACACCGGAUUUCAUAAGAAUAGUGUUAACUGUACCAGAAAAUUUAUUGAGAGAAGCUUGCAGUCGCAUGAUACACUUUUGUAAUAAAUAUUGUACAACUACUUAAAUAAAAUUUAUAUACUUUUUC